UACAUUCCCGGAAGAUGCACACAACCACAGCUUAUACCCUCCCGUGCUAAAACCCGGCGGUCUAUAACGGAGUUUAAUAUAGCAGUUCAAGAGAACAAACAAGAGUCUGACUUUACUUUGACGGUAGUUUUACAACCGUCACUUUAUCCGUUUGCAAUUGAAUGGACGUAAUCGCGUUUGGUCUGAGCUUGUACACACCUGUGUUCGCGUGAAGGUUUGCCAACCCUUUGAUAACAGUAUCAUAACCGUUAAGGUAACUUGCACCUUGUAAGCGACAUCUUAUCAGCAUUUCUUCGUGGUGGGCAACACAGAAAAGGACUACAAUAUCCAACUAAAUCAUUCAAAAAUCGAUUAAGAUUUUUUUUUUUAAACUUUUAAACAGAAUAGAAAAUGACGUGGGCACAUACAACUUUUUACUCAACGUCUUUUUAGACCAACGUCCUCCCUGAAAGUUGCUGCUCCACUGUGAAACCCUGCCCUGAGUGCUCCCUGGUUUCGCUUCACUAGUACUACCAGGCUACAGCCAAACUUUUUGGUGCCGGGCCAAUCAUUUCUCAGGAAAAUGUGACUGCUAGGAAUUCCCCACGCAUCAGCUCCUGUCGGAGAAAACGGCAACCUUGUGUCAGGAAGCACACGAAAGCAGCAGGAGGGUGAACUGACCGGUGACUCUGCGAUGAUGUACCCAGCCACAGUUCAACUAGCAGAAGGGAUAUUGAUACUGCUCUUAUAAUGCUUCUUCUUCUUCGCAUGGUUUCAUGAGGACAACUGGCCUACUAAAGUACCUGAUUAAAUGAGGGAGUAGCAAUGCUGUGCUUCUGACAACUUUCACCAAGGUGUAGAUGCUCCAGGCGCAGCGGGACCCAGCCUCCGUGUCAGAGAGGGACGAGGCUGCUCCCACCUGGGCCACAGCACUCCUCUGAAACUUGUGGUCUCUCCCUCAUAGCUCCAGAAACCCAGAUUAGAGAAGAGGAGGAGGGGGACAGUGAGACCACUUUCGCCAGGGUGAGGCUCUCUCAGUGCAGAUAAGGAGCCAGGAGCGGUCGUAGCUGGGAUAUUUCGGGCUGCUCUCUGCACUCUGAACUCUGCUGCAAUGACGACUGCAGUCCAGCCCAGUGAACUGGUGUUUGAAUUCGCCAGCAACGGGAUGGACGAAAUCAAUCAGCUGGACGAUCCGUCAGUAUUCCCAGCAGUGAUAGUGGAGCAGGUUCCUGCAGCCGAUCUGCUGCAGGUCUACUCAGGCCUUGAGUCCGAUGAGGUGACCAACGGCAUCAUGGUGGACACCACUCUGCAUGUGGUGGAGGAGCCGUCCAUCUUGGUGACAGGAGUGGACCUCUCAGAAACGACAGCGUCAGGUGCAGAGGACAGCAUGGAGACAAAUGAAGCUGCGGCGGCUCUUCUUAACAUGGAGUCUCCAAACAACAUUUUGGACGAGAAGCGUAUGAUUCAUGCCUACGGCGCUCUGCUGGAGUCAGACCUGUCAUACACCCCUCUGAGGCCUGACCAGAUGGAUAAUAGCGCCCUUGACAUGUCUCUAGAUGAGGACACUUCAUCUAUGGAUGAGAUACCCCAAAAGUGUCCCCUAAAACCACAAAAAAAGACUAAAGUGCGGAAGCCGCGGGCGGUGCGUCCCUGCUCUCCUAUCACCACCCCUAACCUGCCACUCAGGAAGAAGAGCAAAGAAGGCAAAGGCAACACCAUCUACCUGUGGGAGUUCCUUCUGGCUUUACUGCAGGACAAAAACACCUGUCCAAAAUACAUCAAGUGGACUCAGAGGGAGAAAGGCAUCUUUAAACUGGUGGACUCCAAAGCUGUGUCAAAGCUGUGGGGCAAACACAAGAACAAGCCUGACAUGAACUACGAGACUAUGGGUAGAGCCCUCAGAUACUACUAUCAAAGAGGCAUCCUAGCUAAAGUGGAGGGGCAGCGGUUGGUGUAUCAGUUCAAAGAAAUGCCAACUGAUCUGGUGGUAAUUGAGGAUGAGGACACGGGCUCAGAUGCCAACGCCGGCUAUGGGAAUCAAAGAUCCACCAACGGGCGCUCUAUUGUCCGCGGAGGCUCCAAAGGACACGGGAGGGCUCACGGUCAACACCAGUCACCAGUGAAGCAGAUGAAGAAGGAGCCUAAUGAUGAAUAUCUGUACCAGGAAACGAACGGCGAACACGCUGAGCACCUCCUGCACAUGUUGCACACCAACCAGGGAUCAGGGAUCCAAGAUCAGACGUUGAGGUCCAUCUCUGCUCCUGCAUCAGUUCCCAUGGUCCUGACCUCCUCUGGCUCCCUUCAGUCCGUCCCUCUCACCACUGUUCUGUCCAACGGGGACUCCAGCCACUCCUCCCCGCCUCGUGUCAUCCUCCACACCGUGCCCUCAACCACGGCAGGCGGCAAAGACGUGCUCACUAUCCAGACUGCCUCUCUGUCUGGAGGAGUCAACAGCCUACCGGACGGCCUCCCUCAGCAGCUCCUGGUCACCAGCUUGGGCUCCACCUCCUCAACCACCUCCUCCUCUUGCAGUUCCCCUCCAGGAAUCAUUAGCUCCUCUGCUUCCAGCCUCCCCCGCCUGGUCACCAUUAACACAACCUGCGGGCAGACCAUGGUGGCACAGCAGCCCGGCACUGUAAUUGCCACUGUGCUCAAAUCAGGCGACCUCUCUGGGCUGCAGGUAAAAGAAGAGCUGCUUGACCCAAGCUACUUCCAGACCAUUGUGAAUGGUGAUCCAUCACUGGCGGCGCAUACAUUUGAGAGAGAAGAGAUGGAAGUAGGUGAGGCCGAGCUGCAGUACAGGACUGUGAUCAUUGAUACCAGUCAAAGCCAGGGGCAGGAGGCUGCCAGUGAAACUAUAAUUAAUGGACAUUCCUCUCAAAGCAGCAGCCCAAGCGAGGGUCUGACCCCCGUGGAGGAGCUGGAGGUGCGUGGGGAAAUGUCCCUCCUGCCCGAGCAGGGAAUCAAAAGCUUGCACGAGCUGCCGCUGUCAGUCCAACUGCCUGCAAACUUUAUCCAGAUAAAGACAGAGCCUGCAGAGGCUUAGAGUUGCAGGACACUUCUGCACAAGCUGAACCAAAUUUUUAAAAAGCAUCAACAAUGAUUGAAUCCAUUUAGACCAAAAGAACCCAUUUUUUAUUUCCCCACCACAGCGAUCAGAGCGAGGGAUUCUGCAGCUCUUCAAGGUUGGUCAGUUCAGCCUCAGGAUUUAUUGUUUACUCACACAUUUUGUGACCAUGUGCCUAAUUUUAAAAAUCAAGGGAGUGUUUAGUUUUUCUAAGAUGUCACUGUCAGACAUGGAAUUGUUUUCCACAGACUAUUAUCCCAAUAAAUACAGAUAAACCUCACAUGAGAAACAAGCUCCCUUCCCAGGAGAACAGCCAUUGGAUGAAGCAGGGAUCCCUGUCUACCAAACGUGCCAGUUAGUCAUUUUCAUACCUUUCAUCUCACCGGACUCGAAUGUUUUAAGAGGAGAUUGCAACAAACCAAAAGCGGGGACUGAAUGCCAAACGGGUGCAAUGAAAUCAGACUUCUGAGAGCAUGCAGAGGGUGUGUGGAUUUUCUUUUAAACCACAUAAAGGUGUCUGUGUCCAUGGAUGAGGGAUGGGUGCGACAUCUCGGUGUCCAAAAACACAUCUCAGAAUUUAAUUGAAGAGUGCCUUACAGAAAGUUCAAACAGCAUGAGAGUCUAUCUUUGAAACUUCAGUGGAAAAGAUGAAAAAAGCAGACUAAAUGGCUUUUCAGUCUCGCAGAACUCUUUACUCAUUUAUUUUCAUAUAAACAAAAAAAGGUAUGCAUUCACUCUCUAUUACUUCUGGCCUUAAAACACUGUGUUACUAUGGAAAUGGGCAUUUUCUUUCGACCAAGGACAGUCCAACAUCAACACUGUUUGUAUAGAGCUGCAGAGUGGAGGCACAGGAAGAUAGGGAGGCACAAAUGGAGAGGAAAAAAUCUACAGGAUAAGACAGAUUUUAUCAGCCUCUGCUUCAGAGGCUCUGUGGUUUAGAUCCUGUUUAUAUGAAAUGGAAUUAUAUAUAAAUAUAUACAUAUAAUAUACAAAUGAGAUUCAAUUUUAAGGCCAUAGCGAAUUUAUUUAUUUUGUGAAUUUCUAAAUUCUGUAUAAAAAAAGGCACAUUUGUCUUCUAUUUACAUGUGUAAACAUGAGGGAAAAUACAAAGAAUAUGAAUACAAGGAAGCUUAUUUGGUAGGUUUUUUUUUUGGACCAAUGUUUUUCAUUUGUAUAGCAUUCAUUAUAAUCAGCUUUUUGAGUUUUUGACUCAGUGCAGCAUCAUUACUCCACUGUUUUAUUCUCUUAUUGUAGAUAUUCCCAGUUGUGUGUCUGAUUUUAACAUGUACUGAAUGUGCUUUAGUUUCUCUCUUCAGCAGACAUACCUCUUUGCAGCAGCACAGCAGUAGCGAACAUUUGAAAAUAUCAUGCUCUGGCUACUGCAUCAAGUAUGAGACGUAUCAAUCAGUAUGCCUUCUAAAUCUCAAUUUCUUUGACUUGUUUGGGAAAAAAAAGAUAUGCUACUCUGGUAGUUUUCCAGCUCCUCUUUCCUCUCUUACCUUCUCUUCCCUCCUCUCUGCGGGUCAGUAGACCUUGUGCCUUCUUUAUUUGCUGUCCCACUUUGUUAAGGACCUCUCAGGCCAGCCAUCCGAUCGGCCCCCUCGGUCCUGCCGGGGGAUGAAGCCAUAUUGAUCCUGAGUGGUAUCACAGCUAAAUUGGUUGUAUUUUCCAGCCAGACUGUAGCAGCAGAGUGAGGACAUUCAGACACACUGACCUCCAUCCGCACUGGCACCUAAGGACAGGAGUUAAACGCUGCUUUACAACCUCACAUCAGCCAAAGUGCUCUGGGUCUGCAAAGACGCUCUGAAUGUAUACUUACUGUCAAAGUCCAUGCAAGCAUUUGACAAUCAAUAAUUACACUGUGCUUCUUUUGCAUUGGGGAUCUUCCUCCUUUAUUUGUAUAUAUUCUGUACCUGUUCCCUUAAAGCACUGUUGUAUGAGAGAUUUUCGAGGUAUGUCCACGGCUUAUGUUUUGUUGCUUCCUCUCCUUCUCUUGGGUUGCCUCCCUUAUGCUGCAUAUAGAAUAGAUUUUUAAGAAAAAGUCAACUAAUUAAAAACAAAAUCUUCUUCACCGAAAA